UCGGAGAUCGACGCCUGUCCACAACACAAAUUUAUUUACCUGAAACAUGAAAGGCCAUAAAGAUAAAUCUGGUAUAGUUCUGGAUGUUAGAAACCUUAACGCUUCAGCCAGGACUGCUGUCUUAAACAAUUACACAGGUGAAAGUGGUGAAGUGGCUGCAGCUCUGCCAGGAGGAAAACUGCUUAAGUGGGUGGCUGUGAGCUUUUGUCUUGUAUGUAUCCUACAGGCUGCUCUCAACAUUUCUCUUCGUCUUGCUCUACGUACUGAUGCCAGUUGUAAAAAUCUGACUGAGGAAGAAGACAGUUUAAAGAAGAACAACGAUGGUAAACAUCAUGGGAUUAAAAGCCCUCCAGCUUCACAGAAUAAUAUCCUGACUAGAGAGAGAGAUGACUUGAAGAGGAAAUUAGCGGACUUUGCUUCACAGAAUAAUAUCCUGACUAGAGAGAUAGAUGACUUGAAGAGGAAAUUAGCGGACUUUGUUUCACAGAAUAAUAUCCUGACUAGAGAGAGAGAUGACUUGAAGAGGAAAUUAGAGGACUUUGUUCACUAUGCACAACAAGGUUGGCAGUAUUUCAACGGUAGUUUCUAUUAUAUUUCUUCAACCAAACAAAACUGGCAAGACAGUAGAGAUGACUGUUUGCAGAGAGGUGCAAGCUUGGCAAUUAUCAACAGCAAAGAAGAACAGAAAUUCAUAAGGCAGCAGCAAGAGACGAUAAUCUGGAUUGGACUGACUGACAAAGAGACAGAAGGGGUCUGGAAAUGGGUGGAUGAGACUCCACUGACAGGAAGCUUCUGGUACUCUGGGGAACCCAACAAUUAUCGUGGCAGUGAUGAAGACUGUGUAGUAAUAAAUUACUACAAUGAUGAAAACAGCUGGAAUGAUGCAGUGUGUGAAAACCAAAACCUCUGGCUCUGUGAAAAGAAAAUGGUUAUAUAGGUGAACACUUAAGCUGAAUUUAUUAUUUUAAGUUACAUAUUUCGUUAAAUGUCACACUGAGUUGUCUCCACGAACAAGUUUCAAGAGCUUCUGUUAUAGUGAUGAGUCGCGAACGAUCCGGCUCUUUGAAGUGAACGACGGGAGCCGGCUCCCGAUAGUGAGCCGUUUCUUUUUCUUUUCAUUCGUUUCCUUUUUUUUUGU